AUUAGUUUGAGGAAAAUAAUAUUUUUUUAGUUUUAGACAAUGCUAUCGCGAAAAGGAUUUCAGCUGGUUGUGAAACCGCCGUUUUACAGCAAUAUUCGCAGCAAUUUCACUAGCCGAGGAGAAUUAUAUAAUAAAUGUUACACCAUCCUCGGCGUAAAGGAGAACUCCGACCAAAACACGGUCCGCCAUGCUUACUUAGCAUUGGUCAAGAAGCUGCACCCGGACAGUGGCCACCCGGAGGCGAGCGCGGACCGAUUUCACGAGGUGGACACCGCCUUCCGCGUUCUGCUGCAAAAGUUUUCCAAAUCUCGUCGCGGGCUAGUUGAGGAUUUGCAGGAAGAGGUAAAAGUGUUCGACAUUCGGCACACGGCACCCCAGCACCGGCAGUAUCUCAGCUUUGACGGAGUUGGCCACGGGACGCCUGCACAGAGGCAGAAACAAUACCAGGCGGUACGAGCUCAGCGAGCACAGGAACGUGUUCUGGAACAUCGAAUGUCGAAGGCACAAGCCUCGGAGAUGGCCGUCAUGAAGAAGGGGGACUUUUUCAAGAAGCACCAGAUCAAAACCAAGUAUGGGUUCGAUCGUGUGGUUGAGGAUUUGAUACAGGAAGCGAUGUCGAAGGGGGAUUUUAGCAAUCUGUCCGGAUUCGGGAAGCCCCUGGCGGACCAUCAGAGUCAGAACCCGUACGUGGAUUUUACGACGCACAAGAUUAAUAAAAUAAUGCUGGACAACGGAUUUACGCCGGAGUGGAUCACGUUGCACAAGGAGAUCCGGGAAGAGUGCGACGGGCUGAAGAGCGAUUUGGCCAAGGAACGGGGGAAGCUUGGAGAGCUUCCGUUGAAUCCGCAGGACGAAUAUAAAUGGGAAAAAGUGCUAGAGGCUCACGAGAGCGUGGUGGCGAGUUUAAAUAAGAAAGUAGACAAGUUUAACUUGAUAGUUCCGGUGCUGAAUCGGCAAAUGGUUCGAUUUGAUUUGGCUCAGCUUGGGCAAAAAGUGCUGGAAAAGGAAAAACACAAGGGACAGAUUAAGAAAGAGGAAGAACUGCAAUCGUCUGUGAAUUAUCCAAAGGAUGCGAGUAAAGUUAGUAUUUUUAGUUUUAUUGGAUCGUUACUGAAAUAAAUAUUGUUUAAAAAACUUCUUGUCUUUUAUCAUUUCUUUCAGAAAGAACUAGAACAAACACCUGAAUAUAAAUAAAUUUAUUAUCAAGUUUAUCAUUUAAAUCGAUAACAUUGUUAAACCGUAUAUUACAGAGACAUUUAAUAAUUUACACAAAGAAAAUACACUUUAGCCACAACGGAGAUAGUCCGCGGCCAGGGAUAGAAUAGAGCAGGCGUGUGUUUCUAAACGAAAAAGUGUAAACAUUUGCGGUCGUGCAAAAGACGUGCAUUUCUACCAUACGUUCCGACGCUACUGUGCUGAACAUUCCGAAAGCGUCACCGCCGCUCUACAGUACGUUGGUUUUCAGAACAUUAAAGCUUUCGAUAAGAUGGUGUGGACUCAAAAAGGGGUUUGGGAUUUGCUCGUUUCUACAGCGUGUUCUAAAUGAACCUUCCGUACUACGGGUUGGUUCUGUUCUUUUUUUUUUUUUUGUAAAACUAUUCUAACUUAAUGUGUACCUUUAUACGUUACGUCCUACAUUUUCAACAAAACGUCUGGAAAGUUAUCAAAGACUUUUUGCUGCCGGCUGUUGCUUCUCCUUUAAAACUCGAAUAAUAGGUAAUAAAUGAGAAGCAGUUUAAAACGUAUAAAACAAUCGUGUGUAUAAAUUUAAGCCAUUUCAACAAAUUUCAUCGUUUUUUUUUUGCGCUGUGCUGACAAAUUUAGUGAUCCUCGAAAAACUACCAACAAAAAUCAAUCAGAUCAAAAAGCUAAAUCGAUUUUUUCGUCAACACAAGCAACAUAAUUUUUCGUAACGAUCCGCGCUCCAAUUUAUUCUUAGGCAGCGGGUGUGUCGGGGAUAAUCGACGUGAAAAAUGACAGCA